AUGUGCUGGCUAGAGUUGUGCUGGAUGCUUUGGCUGCUCCACGCUGCCGAUGGCCAACGGAUUAUUGGUGGCCAGGAGACAAGCAUCAGUCAGGUGCCAUAUUUGGUGUAUCUGCGCCAAGCCGGCAGGUUUAUCUGUGGUGGCUCUCUUCUCACGCCCAGCUUUGUGCUAAGUGCCGCUCAUUGCGUCUACGGCGCCAAGGAGCAGGAUUACACUGUCCAUGCGGGCGCUAGUAGGCUGGAGGAAAAUGCGCCCGUGGUCCGUAAUGUGGCCCGCUUUCACAUUGCAAGUAGUUAUUCACCUAGCAACUUCGAUAUGGAUGUAGCCAUGCUGCAAUUGGCGCUGCCUGUGCCUCUUGCAGCCGGUCAAGUGGCUACAAUUACCCCCUGCCAAUCACCAGCGGCAGCCAAUGGAUACGUCCGGAUUAGCGGCUGGGGUGUCGAAUUAGAGAACGGUCGCAAGCCGGCAGCCCAAGUGCGCACAGCUGUCGUCCGUGUACUGCCCCGUGUAGAGUGCCAACUGGCUUACGCCGGCCAAGCACUGCUCACCGAUUCUAUGAUCUGUGCCGCUGUGCGUGGCGUUAAGGACGCAUGUUCCGGAGAUUCGGGUGGUCCCUUGGUCUACCGCGGCGAGGUCUGUGGCAUUGUUUCCUGGGGAUUCGGUUGUGGGCGCGCUGCCUAUCCGGGCGUCUACACCAGUGUGGCCAGCGCUCGUGUAAAAACUUUUAUAGAUCAAACACUAAGAAAGCUGUAGAUUUGAAGCUAGUUCAGAGAACAAUUUACUGAUUCCU